AUGGUUGCAACAACAUCAGAACAGUUAGCGGCACUGUCCGGAACUACAGUUGUUGUCCACCCUCUCGUCCUCCUCUCUGUCACGGACCACCACGCCCGUUCAGUCGCCCGCAGUUCGAGCAAACGUGUGAUUGGCAUCCUACUAGGCCAAGACAACGGCAAGAGCAUCAACGUCGCGAAUUCCUUCGGCAUUCCCUUCGAGGAGGACGAGAAGGACAGCAAGACAUGGUUCCUCGACCAUAACUAUAUUGAGGGCAUGUGGGAGAUGUUCAAGAAGGUCAACGCGCGAGAACGGAUGAUCGGGUGGUACCACACAGGCCCGAAGCUCCGCGCAUCGGAUCAGGAGAUUAACGACCUUUUGAAGCGAUAUAUUGCGCGGCCCGUCAUGGUCAUUGUGGACGUACGACCACAAACAGUGGGCAUCCCGACAGAUGCGUAUUUCGCAGUGGAAGAGAUCAAGGACGAUGGCACAGAAACAAGGAAGACAUUCCUCCAUGUACCGUCGGCAAUUGAGGCAGAAGAGGCAGAGGAGAUCGGCGUCGAGCACCUUCUGCGCGACAUCAAAGACUCCACAACGACGACACUCGCAACACGCGUUUCCGAGCAGCUGGCUUCGUUGCGAGGGCUCCAAUCGCGUUUAACCGACAUCCAAAAAUACCUUUCGGAUGUCGCAGCAGGCAAGAUGCCAAUGAACCAUCAAAUUGUCUACCAUCUCCAAGACGCGCUCAACCUUCUCCCUAAUCUCAGUGACCCAGAGCUUACACAAAGCUUUGCGACAAGUACGAACGACGAACUAUUGGUCGUAUACCUGAGCAGUCUUCUGCGAGCAGUCAUCGCAUUGCAUGCUCUGGUCGACAAUAAAGCCUCCAUUGGGCGCGCGGAGCUGGAGGAAACCAAGGGUGUAGAGGAGAAGGACAAGAAAGAGAAGGUCGGUAAAGGAGAGGAUAAGGAGGAAAAGAAGGAUGAGAAGGCGGAAAAGGAGAAAGGAAAAGACUCGGGCUAG